GCUACACACUCCGUACUGUGCAGACGUUUUUGCCAUAUGAAUGUGGAUGUAAAUUACAAAAGUAAACCAAGAACAUCGUCGCACAUUCCGUUUUUAAAGACACGAUGUACAUUUGCAUAGGUCUACAAACUGUCCAACAUCUACCGCACACCUGUCAGCCUACAGAUUGCCAUGGCAACAAAGGAGAGUGACCCGAGUGGAUCCGGAGGACUCUCCAGGCAGAAUUCGGGAGUGGCAGGACCGUGGGAAUUGGACUUGACUGCAGUGCAGCACAGUUUGAAGUUUGUGAAGAAGCUGGAAGAGCACUAUGUUUGUCCCACCUGUAAAGGAGUAGUUCUCAACCCACACCAAACUGGCUGCGGACACAUCUUCUGCUACCGCUGCAUCCAAGGGCUCCUGGAAAACUCCCCAGCCACCACCCCUGCCUGUCCUUUGGACAGAGGUUUGAUCAAAUCUGAUGAGGUUUUCCAAGACAAUUGCUGCAAAAGGGAGAUCUCAAAUUUAGAAGUUUACUGCACAAACUCCCCCAACUGCUCCCACAGAAUGACAUUAUGUCGGUUGCAGGAGCAUCUACAGGCAUGUCAGUUUGAGUCAUUGCAGUGUUACAAUGCAGGCUGCAGUGAGACCAUGCAACGUAAGGACCUGCAGGAGCACCUCAGAAUCAGCUGCUCCUACCGUAUGGAGCCCUGUCACUACUGCAAGCAUCCUUACACAUGCUGCCAGCUCGAGGAUCAUGAGAGGCAUUCAUGCCCAGAGGUUGAAAUCAAGUGCCCCAACAAAUGCUCCCAGAUGAUUAAAAGAUGCAUGCUUGAAGACCAUGCUGACCAGUGUCCUGAGGUGCAGACGGACUGUGUUUUUAAGAAAUAUGGCUGCUUUGUCCGGGAGAGGAGAGCCCAAGUUCAAGUUCAUGAGGAAACUGCUCUCAAUGACCAUAUCCUCCUGGUUCUGGGGAGCAACACCAAGCUGGAGACACAGAUGGCAAUCCUCCAGCAGGAGGUGCUGCUGAGGCACAAGGAGCUCCAGGAGAGGAGCCGCCAGGUCAGCGGUCUGGAGAAGAAGGUCCACCCACUGGCCCAGCAGGUCAGCCGAUGUGACAACACCCUGUCUGCAGUACAGAGGUCUCUGGAGGAGCAGCGGGAUCACAUCUCCAGCGUCCAGCUCCAGCUCGAGGAGCUAUCCAGCGUGUUUGGCCCUGGUGUGGCCCGGGAGGAACUGGGCCAAAUCAGAAAAUCCCUGGACGCCCUCAGACAGCAGGUGUCCGUCACGGAGGGGCUCAAAGAUCACCUGGGGGAGUUGAAGGAGACCUACAUGCGCCACUCACGCCUCCUCAGCAUCCAUACGGCGCAGCUGGAGUGCAACGAGGAGCACUUCAGAGAGCUCGAGUCCACCUCGUACGACGGCAAGCUCAUCUGGAAGCUCCGCGACUACCGCAAGAGAAAGGAGGCCGGGUCUCAAGGCCAGGGACCGUGCCUGAGCAGCGCGCCCUUCCACACGGGCCGCAGUGGCUACAAAAUGGCCGCCAGGGCCUACCUGAACGGCGACGGGGCCGGCCGGGACACCCACCUGUCUCUCUACGUGGUCCUCAUGAGGGGCGACUUCGACCCCCUCCUGCCCUGGCCCUUCAGACAGCCUGUGUCAUUGUCAGUGCUGGACCAGAGCGGCACCAACAACCACCUGACUAUGAGUUUCAAACCCGACCCAGAAAACACCAGCUUCCACCGGCCCGGCUCGGCCGCUGCAACUGCCAACGCCCCCACCAAUGUGGCUUCUGGUUUCCAGUGCUUUGCCUCGCAUGCCCAGCUGGAGACACCCAAGAACGCCAUAUACGUGAGAGACGAUACGCUCUUUGUUAAGGUCAAAGUAGACACGAGCGGUUUGGAGGACUUGUAGAGGGGCCUUAAAGAACUGGUUUGAGAUCAUUUCAAAAACAGUUAGCUAAUGCUUCAAAGCACAGUGCAGGCCAAUGCUUCAGCUGUACUCCAAAUUUAGCAAACAGAAAGUGUCAGCAAAUCCAUGCAUUUUUCCCCCACAUAUUGCAGUGAAGUAUUUACAUUUUUUUAUUGCUUUAGCCUUGUCUGCAGACUGCUUGUAUAUGUUCACUGAGGAUUCAAGUGUUAAUGCUCCCCACAUAUAUUGUAUUUUGUGGUAAAGUCCUACAAUCAGAGAGCAUGCAAUCUAUUAAUUGUCAAUUGAUGACAUCUCAGGGAUUAAUGGACAGCUGUUAAAAAGUAGUUGAUGUAAUUGUAAUAACUUUACUGAAUAAGCCAAUGUACGUUGAAGGUUUAUAUACAUUAUUUAGAAAUGUAAACGUUAUAAAAGUAAGAAUGCUUAUUCAUUAAAGUUAUUAUAAGGUGUUAUCAUUGAGUGAAUUGUUACAUGUGUUUUUUCUUAAAUUUUGUGGUACAUGCAUAACAAUCAUCCAUGCGUUUUGUUUAUAAAUGAUUGUUUUUGUUUAAAGUAAUUAGGGAAACCAAACGUGCUUGUUCAAGUAGUGAUGAGUAGAGUUGAAGUGACAUUAUUUUUAAUGCUAUAAAGUAAACAAAAGUAAUGUAGGUUCUAUGUCAUUGUGUUACCACCUUGAAAAUAAGACCUAUAAGGACCUUGAAUUCCCUCCAAUGGCAAACUUAUUGGGGGAAGGGUCUAUAUUAAAGAAAAUUAUUAGCUAAUCACACCCUUUUUAGUAUUUUUUUUUUACAAUUUGAGGAUCGGGUGUCUAAAGAGUGUAGUUUGUUUUUUCUUAAAUGUCAUGCCCAGAUGCCAAUUCAACAACUGUGAUAGAAAAAUGACAUUUACCUGAUCUGUUUGAUAUUAAUAUACUUAACUAAUAGUGUGACAUUUAUGUUCUAUUACAUGUCUGUGUGAAUUGAGAGGAGCCUAAAAACCUACAGCUGGCAUUUCAUAGAUAAAUGUGGUGGGUGUAACCAGGAGAGAGAGCCUGGAGGAAUAAAACAAAACCCUUAUUGUAUCUAGUCCUUCUUGCAUCUGGGAAACAACACCAGAGGCAGAUGACCACAGGAUAAACCCAAAGUGGCUUAUGGUGCCCCCAAUCUGCAUGGGAGGGGUGGAUCCAGCCAUGACUUAGUAUCAGUUACAUAAAAACGCUGCAUUAUCUGUAAAAGUUAGGCUACUAGGCCCAACAGUCGAGUGUGUUGGGUUGACUAGUCUCAUUAUUGCAACAAUUAAUGAAUAUUAAAUGAAGAUGAUUGUUUGAACAAA